CGUUCCAAAUCCAUGAUGGAUGACGUCCGCCUAGAUGGGAAGAGGUUUGACCGGGCCAGCUCGGCGCUCCUGGCAGUGAACAGCGGAGGAUCCCAGGCGUUGCAAGAAGCCCGAAAGGUGGUCGAAGAGGCGCGGGCCCAUCCCACCGCGGAGCUCGGGACCGCGCUCGCGAGUGCGGAGGAGGCUGCCGUGCAGCACUUUGGCUUUCAGUUGGUGAAGGAGUGGAUUGAGAAGAACAGAGUUCAGCGAGGACAGGAGUGGGCCGGCAUGAAGACGUGGCUGCUCCAGCGGUGGCAGUUCGACUGGCUUUCGCGACCCAGUUUCGUCUGGGGCAAAUAUGCGGAGGCGGUGGUGGCUGUGGCGAAGCACGACUGGCCCACCGCGUGGCCGGAGCUGCGGGCCGCCAUUCUGGCGCCCAACUUGGAUCUCAGCAAAGCGGUGCUCAGCUUCUCAGUUUGGAGCCAGCUGGCGGAGUCUCUUUCCGACGAAUCUCUCGGCGCCGCCCGGCGACGGGAGCUCACGGCGGCUUUCGGUCGCCACUUCGAGGAGCCCCCAGUCUUCGUGGAGUUCCUGCAGCGCGCACUGCACGCCUUUGGCGGCGAUGUGCAGAUUUUGCGGGAGGCGCUGAAACUGUGCAGGGCCCUGCCGCACGCCGUGCCCGUGCGGCUGCUGCUGAAGAACAAGUUGGACAAGAUCGUGGAGGUGGGACUGCAGUCAGAGAAGGAGCUAGCUUUGACCGCCCUGGCAGAGUGGGUCCAGAACUUGUGCCCGAAAGGAGGCAACGAGCCUGCGUCCCACGACUUGUGCCGACUGACAGCUUUGAUGACACGCCUGGUUCACGAGUGCAAGUUUGAUGCAGAAGACUUAUCCAGCCUCGGCUCUCACCAACAAGUGGCGCGCCUUUUCUGCGACUUGUGCACCUUAAACGCAGCUGGGAUGUGCAGCAUGCCGCAGACAGAGCUGAGCGCGAUCUGGGAAGCUUUGCUUUUCCUGCUACGCUACCCCUGCGCGGCACUGCAGGUGGAUACGUUGGCGGCCAUGGUCUCCUUGGCACGCGCGAAGGCAACACAGCCGGCGCUGGAGAACUUUGUAGGCCCGCUGCACGUGCUGCUGCUGAGACCCACGAAGGUCAGCGCAGAGCGCAGCAGCUGGCUGCUGAGGGCCCUUGGUCCGGUCUCCGCGCGGCGAGGCCCUAGCACCAUUGAAGAGUGGUGGCACUGGAUGAAAGUCACCGCCAGCGUCGAGAUGGUGGAGACAGAUUUUGCAGGGCAGCAGAUACAAGCGCAGAGACAAGGCAUGGUGAAGGUCCACAGCAAGGAGCUGCUCUGCGCCUGCGAUGCUUCCGGCUUCGAGGCGCUGUGCCGCUGCGCCGGGGGGCUGCUGGCCAGGGCCUUGGCAGGGGACGACGGAGGGGCGUGGCCGGAAGAGUGCGACAGCGCCAUGACGCUGGCGGAGGCGCCGGCAGCAGCGGCUCUCAAGGCCAAAGGUCCUGCCUUGGAUGUGGUGCUUCACUCCAUGCUGUCCUUCCUGCAACAGGUUUGCGUCGCUACGCCACGGUUCAACGUCCUCAUCGAGCACCGAAGGCUUCAGUUUCUGUCGGCCUGCGGCCCCUUCUUCAAGCUCUGGAAAGAGGAGAUACUGCAAGAGGCUUUGGCCCGGGUCCUGGCACGGCUCAAGGAGCCUAGCGAAAGGGAAACGAGAGAGGCCAAGUUGGAGCAGAGGGCCCUGGAUACCCUGAUCGGGAUCUGCAAGUCCGGGGCUGUGAAGGCACAGCACUUGGAGGCUCUGAAUUCCGAGUGCCACGCCCUGGUGGGCCGCGUCUCCUCGGGCACCGGGCGGGGCAAACUCAUCGAGGCCCUGACGCUGGCAGUGGCCUCCUGCGAGGAGUUGGACUACCCCCGCCGCGUGCAGUUGGUGCAAGGCAUCAUGGAGCAGGUGACGCUGGCCUGGCACAAUGCGGAGAUGCAGUCGGCCAGCCCCAGCUCGUUGUUGGAGGCGGUGGCCAAUGCGGCUGAGGCCUCCACAGCGCCCAGGGCCUCUCAGGCGCUGGAGGAAACCGGCCUCGCCCAGCUGAAAGAUACGCGGACCAUGCUGGCGACCUUUGUGGGCCUCGUGUCUCGCACCGCAUCCGCAACUCCGGCCGCGCGGAACGGGCUGGCGGACGCCAUCGUUGCCGAGUGGGCACCGGGGAUCUUCGGGCUGCUGCUGGCGCUGUGCCAGCUGUUCCUGGCGGCGCAGGCGGCCGAGGAGCCGACCAGGAGCCUCGUGCUGGUGCCCAGCCGCGCGGAGGUGGAGUCCAUGGUGGGCCACACGUUGAGCCAUGAAGAGGAUGAGGAUCUCCGGCAGAGCUUCGCCAUGGGUUUGGACCCCCGCUGGGCCGCGGCGGCGCGCUCGCUGCUCUACGAGCUGCGGGCCUUGAGCGCCAAGGCGGCGCGCGCCUGCAUCACCUGCCGGAGCUUCUGGCAGCUGCCCAGCUCCUCGCAGUGGGUCAAGGCCACCUUCCAGAGUUUGCCCGCGUCGCAUCCCCAGGUGGCGGAGCUGGUGUUGCGGGAGGUCUUCGUUCCUAUCACAAGAACUCAAGGCCUGCUGAGGGACCCCGAGAUUGCCAGACUCGGGAAUUUCUUCCUGCCGCCGCUCUGCAGCAGGGUCUCUGAGCUGCUGCACGACUGCUGGGGCCAUGGCAAGGCGGACACGGAGUUAUGCUCCCCGCUGCGCAGCGGGAAAUUGGAAGCAGCGCACGCCGCCUCCGUCGUAUCCUUCACUCGGGCUGCCUGCCACGCGCUCACCGCUCUGGUCGGCACGGAUCUGCCGCUGGCCGGACAGCCGGACGAUCCCGCGCACGUGCUGUCAGAGCAGAAGCUGAAGCGCUCGGCGCCGGUGCAGGCGUCGGCGCCCCGGAAGAAGAGGAAGAACCGGAGCAAGAAUCGAUUUGAGGCCUUGGGCGAAGACGAGGAGCUGGCUGAGGUUGAGGCGACUCAAGCGAGCUCGGAGCCAGCUCCGGGGCGGCCUGCGUUGGUCUUGGCGGUGCUUCGGGCUCAAGAGCUGCGCACAGCAAUCCGGUCGGUGAUCACAGACUUCAUGCGUAUCCCUGAUCCGGAGACAGUCACCCGCGCCAUGGUGGGCCUGGCGACAUGGUCCGCGCAGCUCUGGAACAUGGUGAUCCACGGCGAGGACUUGGCCUCGCUUUCGCUUGGAACUGAGGCCGGCUCCAUGGGCGAUAUCCUGCACACCGCCAGCGACGUGCUGCGUGCGUUUCCUCAGGGCAUGCAGCCGGUGUUUCGCCUCCAAACCCUGUCCCACGAGCAAGUCCCCGAAGGCUUUCUGCGAAAUCUGGUGAGGCAAAACUGGAGCAGCUUCAGCGUAUGCGGGUCUUUGGAGGGCAAGCGCUGCCCAUCCACUUUGAUCUGCGAAAGCACCUUCCCGAUUUACACCACCCUCAUCAUUUUAGUGAAGUUCUUUAAGCUCCAGUGCCGAAGGCUGGAGCUCUCCCCGGAGAAGCCUCAGCUGUACCUUUGCCCUCCGCUGGUGGAGGCGCUGAAGCUCUUUGGGGAGAUGCCCAACACCUCCCAGGAUGACAUGGACACCUUGCUGAAGACCCUGCUGGAUGCCGCCCUCACCAAGGAGAUGCAGCGGGCCGUGGUGCGGACGCUGCUCUUCGAAGCUUCGUGGCUCGACGAAAAAGGCGCGAGGCGGGAGGUCGGCGUGCCCUGGACGUCGGAGCGCCCCGGCGAAAAGGCGGGAGGGUGCAGGCAUCUCACGGGCUUUCACGAGGUGAGUCCUGGUAGCCCUGCGGCUGAAGCGGGGCUGGAGGUGUUCUUCGACUUCAUCGUCUCCAUCAAUGGCGUGAACCUAGAGCCGGGCGAGCAGUCGAUUUUUGCAAAGCACAUCCAGGACGCUGAGAACAGCACGGCCAAGCUGGUUGUAUACAACACCAGAGCCAACAUGACCCGAGAGGUCACUGUCAUGCCCAGAAAGUGGGCUGGCAACGGACUCCUCGGAGCCACUGUGCGAUAUGACUCUGUGGAUGUGGCUGAGAACCACGGGAUCCGUGUUCUCGAGGUCUUUCCCAAUUCGCCAGCGGCGCAUGCUGGCUUGGUUCCCUUCCAGGACUUUUUGCUGGGUACACCUCAGAGGGUCUUCCACGACAUCGAUGAGCUCGUGGAAGUGGUGCAGGCCAACAUCAAUGAGCGCAUCCAGGUGUACGUGUACAACGCCGAUUCCGAGUCCGUCAGAGAGGCCGUCCUCAUGCCAAAUAAUUCCUGGGGUGGCGACGGCUGCAUUGGCUGCGACAUAGGCACGGGCCUGCUACACCGCAUCCCGGCGCCGCGGCGCACGCCGGGGCCCACCUUCGCGCAAGCGGCUGGGCCGCCGGCCGUGGCCGUGCCGGCCGUGCCUGCCGGGCCGCCGGGCGCCGCGAUUUGCGUGCCCUCGCAACCGGCCUACGGCGGUCUUGCGGCGGGCAUUCCGCCGCCCGGCGGAAUUCCGCCGCCGGGAGGUGUUCCGCCGGGCGCUACGCCCGGGCUCCCGGCGAUUCGGCCGGGGGGCUCCUGGGCCCCACCGGCCCCGGCGGCGCCAGCGCAUGCGCCGGCGGUGCCUGGGGUUGCGCCCGGGCAGGCCCCGACCAUCACGCCGGAAGCCAUGGCCCAGUUGCAGGCGCAGAUACACCAAAUGGGCCUCGGCGCUUCCGGCCAAGCGCUCCAGAGCAACGGAGAGGUGGUCUCCCCCACUGCCUCAGCUCCAGAGAAUCCCAAGGCCCCACCCAGUACGCCCAUGAACGCGCAAGAGGUGCCGCCGGUGGACCUCUCAGCGGCCAUGGAUCCCAGCAAGGCGAAGCAACCGUGGCCCCGGGUGCUGGCGUCUAGAGUCGCCGCACGGCCACAGGCCUUCCCGGCUCGAUGCUUCGCUGCGGCGGUCAAGCCCAAGAUAGAGGAUGGCACGCUGGAGGGUAGGUAUGCCACGGCCCUGUUCAUGGCGUCCUCCAGCAAGUUGGACAAGGUGUAUACAGAUUUGACUGCGCUCCGGACCAUGAUGCAGGAGUCGCAGGAGUUCAAGCUGGUGAUCGAGACUCCGGGCAUUCAGCCCGAGAGCAAGGUGAUGGUCUUCGAAGCGGUCUGCAGCAAAGGCGGCAUCGAUGGCGCCGUGGUGAACUUCAUGAAGGUCCUGGUAGAGAACAAGCGCGCCCAUUUGCUCUCGCGCAUGAUUGACAUCUUUGAGAACUUUUACCGCGCUGAGAAAGGCCUGCUGCUCUGCAAGGUGACGUCCGCUGAGACCCUGACAGACACUCAGAAGAAGCAGGUGGAGGCAGCCAUGCAGAAGAGAGCGGAGGGCUCAAAGCUGAUCAUGGAGUACAACACCAACCCCGCCAUGCUUGGUGGGCUGAUGGUCAAGAUGGGCGAGGCGGUGCUGGACAACUCCGUGUCCACACGUUUGGAGCGGCUGCAGACGCAGCUGCUGGCACCGGUGGCUUGAGACCAAACUGUCUGGCGCUGGAAUAGUGCUGACGCGCGAUAUGUACAUGUUUAGCCAGAAAGGGCAUAGCCCUGUGGAUGCUUUGGCAAAAU